AUGGGCAUCGACUUUACAGUCUUCAAGGGAUCCGAGUCCGGAGACAUCGUCGAGGCGAAGGGCCACCGAGAAGUCGGGCCGAGACAGGCCUUGAUCCAGAUCACGCACAGCGGCGUGUGUGGCACAGACGAACACUACCGACAUCAGGACCAGGGCCUGGGCCAUGAAGGCGUCGGCAUCAUCAGGGAGAUUGGGUCCCUGGUCCCAGAGAUCUCAGAUCUGAAAGUCGGUGACCGCGUAGGGAUGGGCUGGAUCCAGAAGGUGUGUCUACACUGCACGUCAUGCUUGACCGGCCGCCACUCCAAGUGCCUCAACUCGGAGCAAUUUGGGAUGCAGAACUUGGACCAGGGCUGCUUCAGCACCGGCAUCGCCUGGGACGUCUCGUCUCUGUUCAAGAUCCCCGACGAGAUCGAUUCGGCCUCGGCUGGACCGCUGAUGUGCGGAGGAGCGACGGUCUGGGCCCCUUUGUAUGAGCACGGCGUCAAGCCCGGAGACCGCGUCGGCAUCCUGGGUGUCGGAGGACUGGGCCAUCUGGCCAUUCAGUUCGCCAGCAAGAUGGGUUUGGACACCGUGGUGUUCUCGGGCACCGAGUCGAAGAAGGAAGAGGCUCUCAAGCUUGGAGCCACCGAGUUCUAUGCCACCAAGGGCGUGACAAAGUUCGAGGGCGUCGAGCCUGUCGAUUUCUUCCUGGUCACGACGAGCGUCCUUCCAGAUCUGUCAUUGUAUCUCCCCGUGCUGGCACCGUUUGCAAAGGUGUUUCCCCUUACCGUGGCCUUCGAUCCUUGGCCUGUGCCGAUCCUCCCUCUGCUGGUGUAUGGGUACACUAUUGUUGGGUCGGGCGGCGCGCAUCCUCAGUCAAUGAGAGCCAUGUUGACUUUCGCUGCCAAACAUAACGUCAGGCCGGUCUUGGAGAAGUUUCCCAUGACAAAAGAGGGCAUCACGGCGGCCAUGAAGAAACUCGACGAAGGAAAGAUGAGAUAUCGGGCUGUCGUCGAGGUGUGA